CUCAAGUGCAUUUGACCAUCAAGGCCUCAUCUUUUGUAAUGGCCGGGGCUGUGACGGACUCUCCUACCAACAAACGGCCGCUUAUGACGGAGACCGACAAGAAGGACGGCAAUCGCAUCCCCGUGACACUCCUAUCGGGUUUCCUGGGUAGUGGUAAGACCACGUUGUUGCAACACAUUCUCAAGAACAAGGACCACGCACUACGCGUGGCUGUGAUUGUCAAUGACAUGGGCGAGCUCAACAUCGAUGCCGACCUUGUGGCAUCUGCCGGUGUACUCCAGCGCGAAGAGCAGCUCGUUCGCCUUGAGAACGGCUGCAUCUGUUGCACGCUUCGUGUGGACUUGCUCGAGCAGAUCGCACGUAUCGCUCAGCAGGGUGAAGUUGAUUACAUUGUCAUCGAGAGCUCUGGUAUCAGUGAGCCCAUGCAAGUGGCCGAGACGUUUGUGUUCGAGCUGCCUGAAGGCGUCGAGGAAGAGGUGAAGGCCGACCCUGCUCUGUCUCCCAGCAGCUCCAAGCGCUCUCGGACGGAUUCCGGAGCGUCGUCGGGAGACGAUACCGGUGCCAGUGCCUCGCCCGCUGCCCCUAUUGGCAUCCCUACGGUUCAGCUCGACGAGCUUCUUGUGCGUGACGGAGAGAAACUACCACUAUUGCGUGACAUCGCUCUGCUCGACACUUGUGUGACGGUUGUUGAUGCUGCCACCUUCUUCCACGUCUUCGACGAUCCGCGCAUGCUCGCCGACGUUGAAGAGAAUCGUAAGCAGCUUCCUGAGGGAGACACCCGUACCAUCACUGACCUAUUGAUCGAUCAGAUCGAGUUCGCAGACAUCAUUCUACUCAACAAGACCGACCUCGUGCCUGCCAAGGACGUGGAAGCUAUUGAGAAGGUCCUGCGUCGUUUGAACUCGUACGCCAAGAUCGAACGUACGGUCAAGGGCCGUGUGAACCCCAAGAUGAUCCUCGGCACCAAGCUCUUCUCUUUCGAGCGUGCGUCGCAGCAGACAGGCUGGCUUGAGUCUCUCACGGUUCCUCACACACCGGAGACGCUCGAAUACGGCAUUGGGUCGUUCCUGUACAAGGCUUCGCGUCCGUUUCACCCUGCACGACUGACUGGCAUCAUUCAGGAUGAGUUCGUGAUCGUCGAGUCUCCAACGUUGCCUCCGUUCCCUUCUGAAGACGACGAUGGUCAUGACCACGACCACGAAGAAGAAGAAGAAGAGGAGGAGGAAGAAGAAGCAACAGAAGAGGACCAAGAAAUGGAGACUGAAGAAGACGGGGAGCCUCUGGGUCAGCAGGAGAUCGCGAAGCGUCUGGAAGGCAAGCAGAACGGUCUGUUUAAGAACCUGCUGCGUAGUAAGGGCGUCUUUUGGCUCGGUACACGGCCACACAACUACGCUACCUGGUCCCAAGCGGGUCUGUACUGCACUCUGGCAAACGGAGGCAUGUGGAUCGCCGCUAUUCCAGAGGAGGAACGCACUCGAACUAUGAAGGAGCUACCGAACUACAAGGAACUCAUGGCGCGUGAGUAUGGUGACCGUGGUCAGGAACUCGUGUUUAUUGGCCGUUUCUCCCAGGAGGACGACGAGAUUGCUAAGAUUCGUGCAGCGCUGGACUCGUGCUUACUCACAGAUGAGGAGAUGAAGCAAUACAAGGCCGAUGACUUUGAGGAGUGGGAGGACCCGUUUGAGCCAUGGGAGUACUACAGUUUCGAAGACUAA